AAAAAUCCAAGGAAUCCCAGUCUUCCAGCACACCGUACACCGUACUCGCUCCCAACACUGGACACCCAGGAUGACAGGGAUUAAUGGGAUCCGCUUGUUUCUGGUCUUUCCUCUUUACUUCUCAAAGGGUCAUGUUGUGAAUGAGAUAUAUGGCCUCACAGAAAAGGAUCAUGACAGCUUGAUGGAUCCUGGUUCCAACAACCAGAGCCGCCUGAUCCUGAAGGAGCCAUCCCUGCCGAUCAACGAGCUCCUGGAGAAAAACAGCAAGUCCACCGAGCCUAAACUUGCCUGGCCGAAGCACAGUGACCUUGCUCCCAUUCUUCGCCACCAUGGGCCCCACAACAAAAGCAAGAAGGGCCCCAAGACCAACCGUCUGACUGAGCACAACAGUGAGAAAAACAGAGUGGUGGUCAGUCUGCUUCCAAAAACCCAGCCGCCUGGAGCUGCAGGUGUCAACCGCACAGCACAGAAAAACAACCAAGACCCCCAGUCCCAAUUCAUCCCAGCUCACUCCAGCGAAGCAGAGGGACACCCCAACUCCAGACCCCGAGCUCCGUCCAGCACCCAGCCUCAGGUCCAGCUGCAACAGACGGCUGCCUCUCCACACAGAGAUCCCCUGAACCGACGACCCGACCCAGAAGAGAACCGGCCUGGGAAAGCCAGCCUCUAUCCGUUUGGAAUUGGAUCUGCAACCUGGAACAACAGCCGCUCACCGCUCCUGUUCAACAGACGUUCCUCCAGCCUGCUUUACCAGUUUGACAUUCUGAGACGAGAGUCAGACUUCAUGCACGAUUCCUUCUGCAUCAGUGAGUGCCGCAAAGAGAAAGAUGAGAGGGAAUAUUACUGCCACAGCGAGUUCGCUGUCAACGGGAUCGUCCAUGACAUCGACGUUCUGCCCAAAGGCAUUCGGCUCAUCACGCUGAUGGUCAGCAGCGAUGGUUUCUACAAGAUGAGCCACCUGUACGUGACACCAGAAACCUUCUUCUUCAAAGUUCGCCUCUUCGUCUUGGAUAGCUUCAAGUGCAGCAAGCCCUGCCCGGAUAUCAAGCUCGGAACCAGAUACAUCGUGAUGGGUCAGAUCUACCACAGGAGGCGACACCUUCCCAGUGACCUUUUGAACCUGCUGGGUGGGAAGUUGAAGCCAGGGGACGGCCUCCUGAGGAGCAAUAACUACGUCAAGAGGUUCAACAAGCGGAGACACCAGAAGGUCCUGGAGGCGACCCGCUCCAGGUGUAGGUGAACUGAGACUAUGGCUCCUUGCUGUCAGAGACGGGACGCGGCAGCUGGAAUCGAGGACACAGCAGAGAGGACAAAGGUGUACCCUCACACGGACAGAGAUUUUGUAUUAUAAAAUAACGUCCCAGAAGGACUAUGAAAUAACUUUGAUCGGGAUUGGUCUGCUUUUUUUUUAAACUUUGUCUGAACGUAUCAACUCUUCAUUCAACCAUGGCUGGUUCAUGAGUUUACCGCUUAUCCCUCUUUUACAAGGAGACUCAUUUCCAUUAUUUCUCCAAAAUAAUUUCCAAAGUCCAACUUUAAUGAAAACCUGGAGUUAAAUCCGCUUCAUAGGGCAGAGGAAGAACAAACUUUGAAAUAAAUGAUUACUAUAAUGAUUUCUUUUUCACGUUAAUCGUGUAUACUAGAUAAAGUGUGCAUGAAAUGUGAGGAUUUGCUGAAAUAGAAAGGACUUCUUACAGGGUAUUCCAUGGAUCCGAGUGCAGGAAUCUGAUCCUCCACACACCUGGACUUUAACAGAAGAGCCUUCGUCACAGCUCUCUUUUAGGAUUUCUUGCCAACUCGCAAUCUGUGUGAGUGGGCCAACGCUCAGAAGAGAUAUUUGAACUAUGUUGCCAGGUUCAGGAAAAAAAA